AUGGCGGUUCAUAAGUACAAGGUUAAGCAGCAGAAAAUGGGGACAACUAAACUACAGACCGGAAGAGGGCGAAGACGACUCUCCACUGACCGGGAUGACUACAAACUCAUCCAGAGUCUGGCUCAGAAGAUGACUAUCAGCCUCAGCAGGUUCCAGUUUAAGACUGUCUUCAUAUUCUUGGUUUCCCUAACCUUCACAGCAUUAGUCAUUAUCUGCAUGUCCAAGAUCCCCGUGGGGCACUCCACAAUACGGCUCAGGAGCUUCCACUCUUACAUGAGGACCAAUGCUAUCAAUAAAACACUACUCACUCCAACCUCUCUGUCAAAUCACAAUCAAAGGAAAGCCAGUCCCACAGAAGUAGAAGUGACAACAAGGACUAGGCAGGAUGUCUCAGGUGCUACUCAGGUAGAAGGCUGGCGUUACCACGAAGCUCACCCGCACAACUACCAUUACAUCCUGGAUGAGCCAGAGAAGUGUGAGCAGCUGAACCCCUUUCUGACUCUCAUGGUGCCGGUGGCUCCUCAGCAGCUGCAGGCCAGAGACGCUAUCCGUAGCACCUGGGGUAACGAGAGUGUGGUGCACGGUAAAACUGUGGCAGUUCUGUUCCUGCUGGGGUUGCCCAGGGGAGCAGACAAUGAGAAGCUGCAGGAGCAGCUGUGGCUGGAAAGCCAGCAACACCACGACCUCAUCCAGAGCAACUUCAUGGACACGUACAACAACUUGACCAUAAAGACCAUGGUGAUUAUGGACUGGCUGGCCACACACUGCCCUCAGGCAACCUUUGCCAUGAAGGUUGACUCUGAUAUGUUCCUUAACCUGGAUAACCUGAUGAGCAUGUUGCUAGCCCCCGACAUACCUAGAGAAAACUACAUGACUGGCAUGGUUAUGUGGAACCGUCCCGUCGUCAGGAACAGGAACUCCAAGUGGUAUGUGCCAAUAGAAUCAUAUGCUGAAGAGUACUACCCUACCUACUUGCUGGGGAUGGGUUAUGUCUUCUCCAAUGAUCUCCCAGAGAGGAUUGUUGCUGUCUCAAAAGAUUUAAAGCCAUUUAACAUAGAGGAUGCGUACAUAGGUUUGUGCCUAAAAAAGCUAGGUGUCUCACCUUCAACCCCUCCUGACCCUUCACAGUUUCAUACUUAUUUUGAUGGCAACUAUCAACAGAGCAAUUUCGACAGAGUGAUUACUACCAUCCUAGGUUCCCCACAGGAGUUGGUCACAAUCUGGCAGGAUUUAAAGAAGCCUACGUGGCAGAGUCAGGGGGAGACCUUCUCAGGAUGA